UUCCCCUGACAGAAGAAACAGCAGGAUCAGUGACUCUCUAUUAUACAGUUAAAUAGAAGUAAACAGGAUUAAAAUGAGUUAAACAGAGUUACAGUGAUGCUAAAGUUAUAAAUCCACUCAGUAAAUAAUAGAUUUACUGUUUUAGUGAUCAGACAAUGAGAGAUGUCGCUCUGGAGCACAGUGAUGAAGACUCUGAUCUUCUUCACAUUUUCUCUUCAUCUUUCAUCAGCAGUCACACACUCGCUGCAGUAUUUCUACACUGCAGUUACACCUGGAAUAAAUUUCCCAGAAUUCAGCACUGUUGGUCAGGUGGAUGGACAGCAGUUCAGCUACUAUGACAGUAACAUCAGGAGGAAGAUCCCAAAGACAGAGUGGAUACAGAAGGUGACUGCUGAUGAUCCUGAUUACUGGAACAGAAACACACAGCGUUGUCAGGUUGAUCAGAAGAACUUCAAAGUCAAUGUGGCUACAGGAAUGCAGCGCUUUAAUCAGACUACAGGAGUUCACACAGUGCAGAUGAUGUACGGCUGUGAGCUGGAUGAUGACGGGACUGUUAGAGGAUACAAUCAGCUCAGUUAUGAUGGAGAAGAUUUCCUCAGUCUGGAUCUGAACACUCUCACAUGGACUGCAGCUAAACCACAAGCUGUGAUCACCAAGAACAAGUUGGAUAAUCAUCCUGGUAUGACUGUGAAUCAUAAGAACUACCUGGAGAAUGAGUGCAUCGAGUGGUUAAAGAAGCAUGUGUCUUACGGCAGAGAGACUCUGGAGAGGAAAGUUCAUCCUACAGCAUCACUGUUCCAGGAAGAAGCCUCUUCUCCAGAGGUGGUGUGUCACGCUACAGGUUUCUUCCCCAAAGCAGUGAUGAUCUUCUGGAGGAAGGACGGAGAGGACGUGCAUGAGGACGUAGAUCUCAGAGAGACGUUACCCAACCAGGAUGGAAGCUUCCAGACGAGAAGCAUUCUGAAAGUCCCAGCUGAGGAGCUGCAGAAACACAACUACACCUGUGUGAUUCAGCACAGCAGCUUGGACAAGGAGUUAGUGCUGAAUGUGAGCGAGCGACAGAUCCUGAAAGGUGGAGGAUCGAUGGCUAUCAUCAUUGGUGUAGUCGUGGCUCUCAUUGUUCUCGUUGUUGUUGUUGCUGGAAUUAUGGUCUGGAAGAAGAAGAACUCUGGCUUCAAACGUGCUCCAGCCUCUGAAGAGUCUUCCUCCACCAACUCUUAAAGCGUGACUGUGUGUCUUCCUGCUGAAGUGAGAGAGAGACACCAGGAGAUGGAGAUGAGGACCACACACACACACACACACACACAUUAUUCAGUGGGUAUCGGGGUAUGGUUUAUUUUCUUGUAAAUCUCUUGUUCUUGAUGUAAAAUGGGAUUUUUCUGAUUGUUAUAGUUUUAUUUUUAUUCUCUGUGUAGUUUUCAUUCUUCAUUUGUGAUUUUACACACACACACACACACACACACACACACAGAUCUACUCAGGCUUCAGUCUUUAAUAGUGUUUAAAACAGGAGUGUGUAUCAGUUUGUGUAUCAGUUUGUUUAUUCUGUACGUUUCUCAGCUGAUUUCCUGUAGAACUGAAUCAGGUUCAGAUCGUCAGCACACGAGAGCUUUGAGUUCCGUCUUUUCCCUCUGACUCCAGUGAGAUUUUCCUCAGCAGCUGUUUGUGUAGCUGAUGGAUUUGUGCGUCUCAGACAGAAACUGGGUUCUUCAGAUGUGAUGAGUGUUGAACAGAUUGGACUAAAGUGUAAAAGAACAGGAGUGAAGACAGCAGAAACCUCACUGAGGUCUUUAUUUAUUACUGAACUCCAUUUAAAACUAAAACAAUCCAUUCAACACCUUUUCACAUCUGAAUGACCUGUUUAACAAAUCUGCGUGUUUAUUAGCUUCAGUCCCAUCAGUAAUUAUAACACAUCAUACUGUGUGUGUUUCCAGACCUUUAAACACACAAACACACAGCACUGACUCACAAUCAGUUAUCAACCUUCAUUUGUUCUGUUUUAAAGGGAUUAGUCUGUAAUAAAGACACAUUUACUGGUUUGUGUUUCUUCUGUUUAAAUUUUAGCUUAAGAUUCAUUUUAACAUGCUAAAGAUAAGAGCAUACAAACUGUUAUAAUAAUGCUGAAAUAAAUAACGGUAACGUCCA